UAAAAGACUAUAAUAUAAACUAUGCCUUUUGUGCGUUUGAGUUAGGAGUUAAGACUCACCAACGGCGCACGUUAGCAUCCUCAGCUCACCCAAAACACCGCGUGAAGUUCACGCUCCCUGGAAUCCUCCUCUCUGCGCGUUCCGAUUCCUCUCUUUCUCUCCCUCCUCGUUGGUCCUUCGAUUUGGCGACGAGGUUCCCGUACCUUAUUCGUUGAUCCACCUUCGUUCGGAUCGCGUCUAGAUUCGAUCGAUUAUUGUCAUUAUGAUGAGAAGAGGCGAAGUUCAAUUACCGGCGCGGAAACUUCCAUCCCUGGUUGAUCUAUGUGUUCAGAAAAUAAUAGAUAAUAUAAGAUACCUUGGAAACGUUGGUUGUGUCGAUCUACACCUGCUCGAGCGAAUUUUGCCACACUGCACGGUUGAUCAGUUGAUUCAUGUGGAGAAGGCAAGCGAAGGAGCUGAUUUGAGUCCGGUGACUGAUAAGUUAUGGAAAGGGAUAGAGGAAAUUCAAGGAAGUAAUUUGUCAUUUAAAUGGAAGCAGUUGUACGAGGCAAAACAGAAAGAAAUAGCCGAGGCUGAGAAGGAAGUAUCUAAUCGAAUCAGGAAUCUGUACAAGAAAGAAGAUGCAAAAAAACAGAGUAGGCAAGUACAGCUGUGCACUAAAACUCCACCUUCGAGUAAAAAAAGAUUCUGGGGAGAUGGACCUGGUUACAAUGUGUCAAACUUGAAGAGCAACAUAAUGAAGAAGUCAAAAAUAGAAUUUCUAAAGAGUCAUGAGAUGAAAAAUCUUGCAGUGAUGAAGAAGAAUACUUUCCAGAGGACUAGUAGUUCAACAAGCAUUACAAGGACUGGAAGUACUUCUGGAAUUGGUUCAACAUCAAAAGAUCCAAAUCCAUCAGAAGGAUGUUUUAGGAGCAAAUUAUGUGAGAGAUAGCAAUGCUAUGGAUCAUUAUUUGCUUUUAAACUGUAAUGUUAGUUUCAGCUAUCUUAACGCUAAGAAAAAUGGCUUACUUUUCUUUGUUGUAUUUAUUGCAUAAGUUGCAUCGAGGCAUGCAUGGUAGUUGAUGUAAUCUGUUUCUUACAUAAAUGAAAUUAGCAUCUUCAUACCGAAUGAGUUUAUGAUCUAGCUGCAAAACAAAUGGAAAAAAAUAUUUACUUAUGAAGGGAGAUGCAUAAGAAUAUCAUGGGCAGAAAGUUUGUGUAACCAAUUUGUAUCCUAUACAUUUAUUCAAUGAUGUACACUUUUUGUAUCCA